AUGAUCUCGCCGAAGAGAUCGGCCAUCCGGCGCGGUCUCUCCCUCGGGAUGACAGUGUCUUCGGUGAAAGCCCCGAAGCGGGAGAACUCGGACACAGAACCAGGAAAGACGUCGUCCAAGGAGGCGACGUCGUCUACCUCGAAGUGCUCGUCGUCGGCGUCCUGGGCGUCCGGAGCUCCGGCCCUGAAGAUGUCGAUGGCCUCAGCGAGAUCCAGCGACGGGGAGAAAAAGAAGUGCCUGGAGAGGAGCCCCUCUUCAGGCAGCGCGCAGCAGGCGGCGCAGGAGGCGGGAGCAACCAAGCCAGCCGCGGCGAGGCACCUGAAACACGCCAGGCCGAUGGAGCCGGAGUUCUGCUACGGGAAUGGCUCGUGUGUGAGGACGGUCUACCCUGUUGCUUUCCGUGCCGUCCUCUACUUAGGCCUGGGGUCUGCGGUGAUCCUCACAGUCCUGGGUAACCUCUUCGUGAUUGUGGCGAUCACUCACUUCAAGCAACUCCACACACCUCCCAACUACCUGACCCUCUCCCUGGCCGUAACCGACCUCCUCCUGGGGGUUCUUGUCAUGUUUCCUAGCAUGAUUCAGUCCAUUGAAACCUGCUGGUACUUUGGGGACAUGUUAUGCAAGCUCUUCAACAGCUCAGACAUCUUGCUGUGUACUGCUUCUAUAUUGAACCUGUCCUUUAUAUCCAUCGACCGCUAUUAUGCCGUGUGCCACCCUAUGCUCUACCCCCGUAAGAUAACGGUUCACACGGCAGUCAUCAUGAUCCUGGUCACAUGGUGUGUCUCGUCUGUAGUCGGCUUUGCGAUGAUCUUCCUCAAGCUGAAUAUUUUGGGAAUGGAGGAGUUCUACUAUAACAACGUGGCUUGUGAAGGAGGGUGUGUUAUGUUGACGACUGGGGUGGCCAGCACUGUCUCAUCUAUGCUCUCCUUCUACAUCCCCGGGGUCAUAAUGCUGGCCAUCUACCUGAAGAUCUACAUGGUGGCCCAGAGACAAGUGCGAACCAUAGGCCUAAAGAACACCAGCUCCUCCAAGGUGGACAAGCACCAGAGGAAAGCCACCAAAACACUGGCCAUCAUCAUGGGCGUGUUUCUGUCCUUCUGGUUGCCGUUUUUCCUCUGUUGCAUAAUCGACCCCAUCAUCGGCUACUCUGUACCGCCCGCCGUGUUCAACACACUCGUGUGGCUGGGGUAUCUGAAUUCCACUGUCAACCCGUUGGUGUACGCCUUAUUUUACAGUUGGUUUAGGAAAGCGUUUCAAAUGAUUGUUUCUGGUAGCAUCUUUCGGUCGGACAUGUCGGACACAAAACUGUUUGCAGAGUGACAGUGGUUUCAUGUUGAGGCCUCCAAGAAGAUGUGGGGCCAUGAAAAGAAAGGCUCAUCAUCUGAUGGGAGGAAAUUCCAAAUGUUUUCCCAUUUAUGUUUAUCAUCAUUAAAAUUACUUUUAUUUUUCAUGAAACCAAAAAUCAUCAUUUUUUGGAUAAAAACAGUCCUCCCUCACAACAGUGAAUCUAGGCUAGUUGUUUUGAUUUGCUGUCGGAAUAAAUGAAUCUCACAAAAAUAAAAAAUAACUAAAACGUGUAACAAACUCAUGAGCUACAAUUGAUCCACAUGUUCUAAAGACUAUGUUGUAUGACAAUGGUGUGUGUGUGUGUGUGUGUGUGUGUGUGUGUGUGUGUGUGUGUGUGUGUGUGUGUGUUAGUGGUGGAUUUAAUCAUUUGUUUCCGUGACCCAGUUUGCGUAAUUCAGUUCGCCAC